AUGCCGGAGAGCACCGACUGUCUACAGCCCCCUCUCACCCCUGCCCAGCGCAGCAUCGUCAAGUCCUAUGGGGGCUGGUCCAUGUUCCUCCGCAGUUUCGGACUGAAGCCCUGGAACGACGAGGACGCCGAAGAGGGACUUCGUAUCCUGAAGGCGCUUCUGGAGGAUGAUGAUGAUGAUGGUGAUGACGAAUGA